UGAGACUGUUUUUACUAAAACGUAAGAUUUACUGGACAAAGAAAGAGAUAGGAGGGAAAGAGAAGUCUAUGACAUUUGUGUCAAACCUGAAACAGUGGGGAAAAAAAAUUCCUUGCAAGCCAGAUCUACCUGGACUACUGGACUUCUUUAGAUAUUGUUCUCCUAUCUCUAAAUACACCUACCAAUCUACGAACCCACAUUGGCACACCCAUACUUCCCACCCCAAAUAUUCUCUCCAGGACAAUUUAACUCCACCUUAGAGAAAUCCAAAGAGGGGGAGAGGGGAAACUCCAUAGCUACUUCGUUACAAUUAAGGAGUCUGAGGAUUCAGCUGUGAUCUGCAGGAAGCGAGAAAGGCAAAGUUAAUUGAGGAAAAUUGUGGAGUAUCAUUAAGAGAAUCAGAUUUCCCCCGGUUUUCCCGACAAAUAAGGAUUAUAAAACAAAAAUUAAUUUGCACUCUCUUUCCGUUGUAAUGAACUUCAGUCUUCCAUGUUUCCCAGAGAGCCAUUCACAACAUAGAAUGACCGGGUUUCAUAAAUUGAAUCAGCUUAGGUGACAACAGAGCUAUUUGUCCCCGUUUCCACUUUCUCUCUCAUCUUGAUAGGAUCCAAACAUUUUGGAACAUCCCGAGAGUCAGUUAACUAACCCUUCCUAGAAACGAAACUGAAUCUUGCUAAAGUUUCCAGUUAUGCUGUUUCUCUCUGUCUGAGCCCACGAGUGGUGGGUUGAAGUGAUGUUUUUAUUCCACCGUGGAGCAGACUUGUGUGGGGCGGGAGAUGGGGUCUAAGUUAGGGAUGGAGGCGGAGGACUCUCGGUGUAUGUUGACUCUCUGGGGCUACUGCCCGAGUUUUUAGCAGUGGAGCGGAAACUAGAGGCAGGAGUUGGAAAGUGACGUACAGUAGCACAAGGGUUACUUUGUAUGACUCCCCGGUUCGUGAAGAGACAACGGGACAGUCAUUCAAUCCCGCCUUCAGCUGCAACCGUGGCACCUGGGGCUGCAGCCAGCCACCCUAGUUGCAAAUUUAAGUAAGAAGGAAGAAAAAGUUACAGACGAAGAAGGAUCAGUCUAAAGUCAGGGUGGUGUGGGCGGAGGUGGCAGCAGCGGACGAAGGAGGGAUUGUAAUAGAGUACAGGAACUGGGGUGGGGGGGGGAGAGGGAGAGGGAGGAGUGACGGGAGGAGGAGGGGAGGAGGACUCGUGGAUCCCAAUUCCCACAGAGCGAGGCGUUUCCACCCGUCUCUUCCCAAGGACUGGGAGCCCUGAACUGAAAGUGAUGAAGAUCACUUAAAAGACUGGAUUUGGGAGAGUGAGGGACGUACACACUCAGAUCUGGAGUAGGGUGGGGGGGAAGAGAGAGAGAAAAGAGGGAGAGGGAGUGUCUGCCAGAGGCUCCCGGCUGUGCUUUAAGCCUGAGAAGUUGUAGCAAGUACCCGUCGGACCAAUUAGCUCAUCAUUGGUUGGGGCUGAAGCGGGGUGUACGGGGAAGCAAGCAGGGGAAGCUCUAGACAACAUGGGGAGAGACGGAGGGGCAAGAAGGAAAGAAAUAGCGGCAGGAGAAGGGAAUCAAGGGCAGGAGGAACCGAGGAGACUUCGGCAGCAGCGGCACCGGCGAAGGAGGGAGAGCAAGACCAGAACUGUGCGCUCCAACCUGCUGCCGCCCCCGGGGGGUGGGGAGCCCGAUGUGACUGCGAAGGGGGCUCCCCAUCGGUGGCGGCGGAAUCAGGGCAGCUCCCAGUAUCUGGCUGACAACCGGCUGAAGACCACCAAGUACACUGUCUUGUCCUUUCUGCCCAAGAACCUCUUUGAGCAGUUUCAUCGCUUGGCUAACGUGUACUUCGUUUUGAUCGCUCUGUUUAACUUUGUGCCGGUCCUAAACGCCUUCCAGCCCGAGCUAGCCUUGGCGCCGGUGCUCUUCAUCUUGGCGGUCACCGCCAUCAAGGACCUGUGGGAGGAUUACAGUCGCCACCGCUCGGACCAUGAGAUCAACCACAUGGACUGCCUUGUCUACUGCAGGGAUGAAAAGAAAUUUGUGAACCGAUACUGGAAAGAAGUUCGAGUUGGGGAUUUUGUUCAGCUUCGAUGUAAUGAGAUUAUACCUGCUGACAUAUUGCUGCUUUCUUCAAGUGAUCCUGAUGGCCUCUGUCACAUUGAAACUGCCAACCUGGAUGGGGAGACCAAUCUGAAACAACGGCAGGUGGUGAGGGAAUUUUUAGAGCUGGAUGCUGAAUUCAAUCCCUUGAAAUUCACCAGUAUAAUCGAAUGUGAGAAGCCAAAUAAUGACCUAAGUAGGUUUCGAGGUUACAUUAUACAUGAAAAUGGGAAAAAAGCUGCACUUUAUAAAGAAAAUCUAUUGCUGCGUGGAUGUACCAUUAGAAAUACAGAAGAGGUAACAGGAAUAGUCAUCUAUGCAGGGCAUGAGACUAAAGCUUUACUAAACAAUAGUGGGCCACGUUACAAGCGAAGCAAGCUGGAAAGACAAAUGAAUAUGGAUGUCCUUUGGUGUGUCCUUAUACUCACAAUCAUGUGUCUAUUUUCAGCUGUUGGUCAUGGACUAUGGGUAUGGCAGUAUGGAGAGAGGAAGAAACCUUUAUUUGAUGUUCCAGAAUCGGAUGGCAGCUAUUUAUCUCCAGUUCUGGCUGCAGUAUAUUUAUUUUUGACAAUGAUAAUAGUUCUUCAGGUUCUAAUCCCAAUUUCUUUAUAUGUUUCCAUUGAAAUUGUCAAAAUAUGUCAAGUAUUUUUUAUUCACCAAGAUAAAGAACUGUAUGAUGAAGAAACAGACUCUAAACUACAGUGUCGAGCCCUGAAUAUCACAGAAGAUUUAGGGCAGAUACAGUAUAUUUUCUCAGAUAAAACUGGCACCCUCACUGAAAACAAGAUGGUUUUUCGAAGAUGCACUGUUUCGGGCAUAGAAUAUUCGCAUGAUGCUAAUGCUCGUCGCAUAGCUAUGUAUCAGGAGGCUGACUCUGAGGAGGAUGAAGUCGUUCCAAAGGGAGGGACACUGUCCCAGCGGGGCAGUAUUGGUAGUCACCAAAGUGUCAAGAUUGUUCAUAGAACCCAGAGCACCAAAUCUCAUAGACGGACAGGCAGCCGAGCCGAAGCGAAGAGAGCCAGCAUUCUUUCCAAACAUACUGCUUUCAGCAGCCCAAUGGAAAAGGACAUUACCCCUGAUCCAAAACUCUUUGAAAAGGUAAAUGAAUGUGCCAGAUGUCUGGAAAUCAUGAGAAACCAGGAAAAGUCAUUAUCCCAUCUCACCCCGGAGCUUGCUGAUAUAUUUGACUUCUUUAUAGCCCUGACAAUCUGCAAUACAGUGGUAGUGACAGCCCCCAAUCAACCAAGACACAAGGUGAGAGUUAGGUUUGAACUGAAGUCUCCAGUGAAGACCAUAGAAGAUUUCAUUCGAAGAUUCACUCCUAGCCGUCUGACUUCUGGAUCUAACAGUGGGAGCUCCUCAAGCCUCUCCACCAACAAAUCAACCCACAAAACGGGUUCUAGCUUUCUGUCCACACUAUCCACUGAAAGUACUCUGCUCAAACUUGAAGCUAGAUUGACCCGUUCUUCCCCAAAGAUAAACAACAAUGGUUAUGGGGUACAGCCUGGAGGUGGCUGGACAACUGAGAAUAGCCUCAAGGAGGGUGAACUUCGUUAUGAGGCUGAAAGUCCUGAUGAAGCUGCUCUUGUCUAUGCAGCCAGAGCUUACAACUGUUCUCUAGUUGGCAGGCUGCCUGACCAGGUUUCUGUAGAACUCCCUUAUCUGGGCAGAUUAACCUUUGAGCUUUUACAUACGCUGGGUUUUGAUUCCAUCAGGAAGAGAAUGUCGGUUGUGAUUAGGCAUCCCCUUACAGACGAAAUAAAUGUUUACACCAAAGGAGCGGAUUCGGUGAUGAUGGAUCUUCUUCUGCCUUGUUCCGCAGAUGACUCAAGAGGAAAGCACCAAAAAAAAAUUCAAAGUAAAACUCAAAAUUAUCUAAACCUCUAUGCUGUAGAUGGAUUGCGUACCUUAUGUAUUGCCAAGAAGGUUCUAAGUAAAGAAGAAUAUGCCUGCUGGUUACAAAGCCAUUUGGAAGCAGAAUCCUCACUGGAGAACAGGGAUGAGCUGCUGUUCCAGUCUGCAAUCCGUCUGGAGACCAAUCUACACCUAUUGGGUGCAACGGGCAUUGAAGAUCGCUUACAAGAUGGAGUCCCAGAAACUAUUGCUAACUUGAGACAGGCUGGACUGCAGAUAUGGGUUCUCACUGGAGACAAACAAGAAACAGCUGUCAAUAUUGCCUAUGCUUGCAAACUGCUAGACCAUGAUGAAGAAAUCAUUACUUUGAAUGCUGAAUCACAGGAAACAUGUGCUGCUUUAUUGGAACAGUGUUCAUACUAUGUGGAGACAAAAUUUUCAAGUGAAGUGAAGAAAUCUCUUGGAAAGGUGAACAUUGGGUUCACCUCUCUCCAUCCACCUUCCCCAUCUGCUACUACAUGCCCCAACCUAGGCCUUGUGAUUGAUGGGAAAACUCUGGCUUAUGCACUGGACAGAACCUUGGAAGAUAAAUUUCUUUCCCUAGCUAGGAGAUGCCGUUCAGUCCUCUGCUGUCGAUCCACUCCAUUACAAAAAAGCAUGGUGGUAAAGCUGGUCAGAAACAAACUGAAAGCCAUGACCUUGGCAAUAGGUGAUGGAGCCAAUGAUGUCAGCAUGAUCCAAGUGGCUGAUGUUGGUGUGGGAAUCUCUGGUCAGGAAGGAAUGCAGGCGGUGAUGGCAAGCGACUUUGCAGUCCCGAGGUUCCGACAAUUGGAGAAACUUCUGCUUGUUCACGGACAUUGGUGCUACUCCCGACUUGCUAAUAUGGUGCUUUAUUUCUUCUACAAAAAUGCGAUGUUUGUGGCCCUUCUAUUUUGGUACCAGUUUUACUGUGGAUUCUCUGGGUCUUCCAUGAUUGAUCAGUGGUUUUUGAUCUUCUUUAAUUUAUUAUUCUCAUCACUUCCUCAAUUAAUUACUGGGGUGCUCGAUAAAGAUGUUCCAGCUGAAAUACUGGUUGCCGUACCUCAGCUCUACAAAAGUGGACAGAACAUGGAGGAAUAUCAGCCCUAUAUGUUUUGGAUGAACAUGAUUGAUGCCGCCUAUCAAAGCCUGGUUUGCUUUUUCAUCCCUUACUUCGCCUAUCAUGACUCUGAUGUUGAUAUAUUUUCUUGGGGAACUGUCAUCAUGACAAUAGCUCUCUUCACCAUCAUACUGCAUUUGGGCAUUGAAACCAAAACUUGGACUUGGCUCCACUGGACAGCAUGUGGCUUUAGUAUCCUUUUAUUUUUCAUUGUGGCUUUGGUGUACAAUGCCUCUUGUUCAACGUGUUUUCCUCCAUCUAACCCUUACUGGACUAUGCAAAAGUUAAUGGGUGAUCCCAUGUUUUACUUGACUACUAUCAUAUCAUCUGUUGUUGCCUUACUGCCCCGAUUUCUGUAUAGAACAUUCCAAGGGACGCUCUUCCCAACCCAGCUUCAGCUGGGUCGCCAGUUGGCCAGGUGGGCUCCAAAGAAAUUUAACGUUCCCAAAGACACCAUUUCUCAGCCACAUCCUGCAGGAGGGCAAGAAUUACAAAGCUCAGCUUUGAAGGGCAGUCAUAACUCUGGACCCCCUCCUCAAGACCACUUUCCACUAGCAUCUCAGUCUGGACUUCAACCAGCUUCUGUAACAGAGUCAAAGAGUGAGCACAGGACAGCAAAUGUGAAUGUCCAGUCCUUGAAUGACACUAUGAUGGACAGCUUAAGGGGACACUCUCCAGUGCCCCAGAGACCAGAAGGUGCUAUCCAAGAGGGACCAUCUGGUGAUUCUGAGGGGGAAUCCUCCACCAGAGAAGUAUCCCCUCUGUCUUCUAUUCUAGAUCUGCCAGACUUCAGUUUACUAAACUGGAUUUCAUCCACACCAUUAUUUAAUGGGUUUGGAAGAGCCUUUCGGCUUUCUCAGAGUAGUUUACAAACUGACAUGCUGGGCGGCACAUUUUUGUCUGUUGGCUCCCAGCUGGAUCAGGACUUAAAAGGUUUUAAAAGAGAGACCUCAGACUGCUUCCAGGAGAAAGUUAAAGGGACUGCAGCUGUUUGCCACAACAGUGAAAAUCUUGAAACAACCUUUUUAUAACAUGAACUUUAAUAAUAUUUAUGUUUUCUAUUUGCACAGAAGAGUUAUAGUAAAAUUGUCUUUAAAUGUUUCCAGGAUUGAAACAGGAAAUUAGAGGUACCAAAAAAAGGUUUAUUUUUAAAAUUUUAAGUAGAGUAUAUUGAAAAAGAUCAGAGCUUUAAAAUAUAAGAAAAAACAUUGCACUUGAAAAUUACAUUUAAAUCUAUUUUUUCAUCUCAUUUUAUAAGAAAAUGCAGUAUGUUUUAUCUUCUUCAAAAUGCUUUACUUAACAUCCUGUCUGGAAGUAUAAGCAUUGUACCUAGUUCCCAGGGCAUUGGUUUUCAUCACUUUUUUUAUGGCAGGGAUAUAGAUGGCCAUAAAGGAGAAAUCAUUCUACACACUUAAACAGCAAAUUCUACCAAGUGUGUUGCUCAUCUCUACAUGAAAAAAAGAAAAGUAGGUAGAAUUUCAGAAAAAUAAAAGGCAUGAACACUCAUUCCGUCCUUUAAUGUCAUUCAGUUAGCUUAUAAAUAUCACAUUAUGAGUAUUUCAUCCCUUUUGUAGUAUUUCACCUGUUUAAAACCAUAACAAACAAUAAAUAAAUGUUCAUAUUGCAAAGAAAAAGCGUCCCCUGUUGCCAUUAGUCAGUUUGUACAUUUAUACCUUCCAGAUUAUGUUUCCAGGAUGGCAUAGUACUCCUAGCCCAUUGGGACUUUUAUGCAUUAUAAAGAAGGUGGUUUGGUAAAAAGGAAAGUAUUAAUGCCAUUGCUUAGGCUUUGAUGCUUACAACUUCAGCGAACAUUUCACGUUUCUCGGCCUCCAUUUCAGUAAAAUAAUGAUUUCUUUUAGGCCUGAAUUUAUGAUCCACGCCAUCUCAUUCAGAGACAUGUUUUAAGUCAAGUCAAGUACUACUAUGUACCUACUAUGAUCAUACAGAGAAAGACAAGAAACAGGAACUCAGAGUCUAACGGGAAAGAAAAACUUUAUAUAAACAAAAUAUACACAGGGUAAAUUAGAGAUAAUUUAGAAAAAUUGCAGAAACUUUAAGAAAAGCUAGGAAAAACCUUGCAAGUACCUAAAGGUGACAAUGUUAGCUGAGGAGGGCAGAAAUAAGAAGGGAUAGCAUUCUAGGCACGUAUAACAGCCAGUGAAAAUUCUUUGAAUUGGGAAAUGGAGUAUCAUGUUCAAGGAAUAACCAGUGUCAUUAGAUCACAGAAUAUGUAAAGGGAAAUCAGCUAGCUAGAAUUUGGAGAGGAAGGGGACCUUAGGGAUAGUCCAUUCCAACUUCCUCAUUGUAUAUUCAAGGAAGCACAAAAAUAUGCAGUGUUUUACCUGAGGUCACAGAGAAGAAGAUACCCUUCUGAAAAGAACACUGGGUUUUGAAGUUAAAACUUGUUUAAAGACUAGAAAUGAGAGAAAGCGAAAGUGAGAGUAUGAAUGGUUUCAAUAUUAGCUUGGGCACUGAGAAUGAACUCCGGACUUGUCUAUUUCCUGGUUUUUAUAUAUGUAUAAAAUUUUGCCUAACUAAAUAAC